GAACAUUCUCGCCUCUUCGUCUCACUCUCCUCCAUCAAAUAUCUUCUUCACAUAUAAGUAGUAUUUUCACAACAAUCUUUCAUGGUUUUUGCCAAAUUCAUCACUUUCUGGGCAGGUUUUCGUCGUUGACAUUCUCAAACAGCCGAAAUCGAUCAUCUGAAACGAAGUUAAAUUAAAGAAGAUCAAAAGAGACCAUGUGUUUGGUGUUUGUAUGCGAUGAAGACGAAAGGAUCGUCGGACAAAAACAGGCGCCGGGAUCAUGCCCCUACUGCGGUGGGUUGAUACAAGCGAUGGACAUAGAAAGUCAGUGGAGGCUGUGUUUCCUUCCUUUCUACUAUAAGACCAAACGCAAGUACUACUGUACUCUCUGUUCUCGACGCCUUAUUCUUCAGUACUAGGGUUUUCAUUUCGUUGUUUUAAAUCAUGAUUGUUUGAUCUUCCAAGUUCUAUUUCGUUUUGUGUAUAUUGUUUAAAUUUGUAUAAAGUUAUAGUCGAUGAUGUGAGUUAUAUGGA